AUGCCUUCAGCUAUCGUCACUGGUGCUACUGGAAUCACCGGGAGUGCGAUCGUGCACCACCUCCUCAAAGAUGGAACUUACGACAAGAUCUACUCCUUCUCUCGAAGGAACCCAGGAUAUGAAGAUCCAAGAAUCCAGCAUGUCACUCUGGACCUCCAAAGCUCGGCGCAAGACAUGGCAAAGGCCUUCCAAGGCGUUUCCGCCGAGUAUGUCUUUUUCUGUGCCUACUUGGCCACCGACGACCAAGCCGAGUUGUCGCGAAUAAAUGUAGCCUUGCUUUCCAAUUUUCUCGAGGCACUCGAGCUCAACGGCGCUGCGCGCAAAAUCAAGCGGUUCGUUCUCACCUGCGGAUUCAAGCAGUACGGUGUCCACAUCGGACCCGGGAAACAGCCUGUACUCGAAGACGACCCUCUUCUACAGAACGACGUAGGCGGGGCUUCCUGGCCUCCAAUCUUCUACUACCCCCAACAACAGGUCGUGGCCAAGGCAGCUAAGAAAGGCGGCUGGGAAUGGGUUGCUACACUCCCACAAGACGUUCUAGGAUACGCCCGAGGCAAUUUUAUGAACGAAGCAACGGCCCUGGGACUUUACUGUGCUGUCAGUAAAGCCCUUCCUGGAUCGGAGCUGCCAUUCCUCGGUAGCAGGGCCAACUACUUCGCUUUCAAUUGCUGGACGUCGGCGAACCUACAUGCCAAGUUCUGUCUCUGGGCGGCUGUCGCGCCGGGUGCCGGGAACCAGAUCUUUAAUGUGAUCAAUGGUGACACUGAGUCUUUCCAGAACCUCUGGCCGCGUCUGGCCGCUCGGUUCGGAUGUCGCGUUCCUGAUCCCAUGUUCCCCAACGGUGGUACCCCGGAUACUAAGGGGUUCAAGAACUAUGAGUCAUCCACAGUUCGAUUUUCAAACAAGCCUCCUCUCAAGGCAUUAGCCUCGUCACUAGGUCUCUCUAGAGACCCGUCCGCUGAGGAGUCUCCCACGCUUUUCCUGCAGAUUGACCCGGAGAAAUGGGCCAAACGAGAGGAUGUCAACAAGGCAUGGGCUCAGCUUCGAGACAAGUACAAUCUUGAUCAAGAUGCAUGGGAUAAGGCCACAUGGGACUUCUUGAUUAUGGCAAUGGGUAGAGACUGGAGUUGUGUUGGGAGUAUGAGUAAGGCACGGAAAUUGGGCUGGACUGGGUAUGCAGAUACUUGGGAUGAGUUGGAAGAUACGUUCAAAACUCUGGAAAGUAAAGGUAUUCUUCCACCGUUGGAUCAGUUGAAGCGGGAUUUCUAG